UUCCUCCAAUCACCAAAUAUGAAAAAGAAAAGAGCACGGACAGAGAGCGCGCUUGUUGGGCUUCUUCAACUUCUCUCUCCAUAUCAUCAACGUCCAUGGCCACUGUGUAUCAAUCAGUAAAGUCGCUUGAGUUAUCUUUAGCUAGUGCUUAAACUGUGUAGAUAGAGAGUGAUAGGUUUGAGAGAGAGCAAUGGAAUGGAUACCAUGUUCUGGUAUAUCAAAACGGGCUACAAAGAACAAGAAAAACAACGACAACAACAACAAGAAUAGGGUGAUCGUGAACCAGAAACCACUUGAUCAGACCAAAACCUCUCCAGAGAGACUGAGGAAUGAUUACCCUUUGCGUGUUAAGGGGGAGUCUAAAAAUGGAGGGUCUGAUAGCACUACAGCACAGACUUUUACAUUCCGUGAAUUGGCAUUUGGAACUAAAAACUUUAGAGCGGAAUGUCUUUUAGGUGAGGGAGGUUUUGGAAGAGUGUAUAAAGGAUAUCUGGAAAGCACUAAUCAGGUUGUGGCCAUCAAGCAACUUAAUCGUAAUGGUUUGCAAGGGAACAGGGAGUUCCUAGUUGAAGUGUUGAUGUUAAGUCUACUUCACCACCCUAACCUUGUUAAUCUAAUUGGUUAUUGCGCUGAUGGAGAUCAAAGGCUUUUGGUUUAUGAAUACAUGCCUCUAGGAUCUUUAGAGGACCACCUACAUGAAGUUCCACCUGGUAAGAACUGGCUUGAUUGGAACACAAGAAUGAAAAUAGCUGCUGGGGCAGCGAAAGGAUUGGAGCACUUGCAUGAUAAAGCUAGCCCCCCAGUUAUAUACCGAGAUUUAAAAUGUUCCAAUAUUUUGCUUGAUGAAAGUUAUCAUCCCAAGCUAUCAGAUUUUGGCUUGGCUAAACUGGGUCCUGUUGGGGAUAACACCCAUGUAUCUACUAGAGUUAUGGGCACCUAUGGAUACUGUGCACCAGAAUAUGCAAUGACUGGGCAACUAACUCUGAAAUCAGAUGUUUAUAGCUUUGGGGUUGUUCUACUGGAAAUCAUUACAGGGCGGAAGGCAAUUGACAAUUCAAAAGCUACAGGGGAGCAGAAUCUGGUUGCAUGGGCAAGACCUUUGUUCAAAGACAGAAAAAAAUUCUCAGACAUAGCUGAUCCAAUGCUUCAAGGUCAGUAUCCUCCAAGGGGCUUGUACCAAGCUCUUGCUGUUGCAGCAAUGUGUGUUCAAGAGCAGCCUAAUAUGCGCCCCGUCAUAGCUGAUGUUGUCACAGCUUUGACUUACCUUGCUUCUCAAAAAUAUGACCCUGAUGCAGAGACAGGCCAGAGAUCCCGCUACCCCCCUGCCUCGCCUCCUCCUAGAGCAAAGAGGGGUGGUAAAAUUCAAUGGUAGUGGAUCUGAGAGAAAUCAAACAAGGAAAUUAACAUUGCUUUAUCCUUGUGUGCAAAAGUAACUGAGAUUUAGAGUUCCAAGCAGACUCCUUGCCCGACUUAUUGCCAAGAAAAGGCUUGAUGGAUGCCUAAUGGAUUGUAUUAUGAGUAAGUAGUUUCCUUUAGAAUCCAUGUGGAUCACAACCUCACAAAGCUCUAGAGUUCCAUUGUCAGCUCAUUUCUCAUUUUGUUCCUUCCUAUCAAAUUUUGUAUCAUUCUAGAUCAGCAUGUUUCCCUACUCCAGUUAUUAUCAGGAGAUACUGGAACCUGGGUUGUUGUGAUCCUAUAAAUAUAUCUGGCUGUAUAGCUCUGCCAUGUAUUUGACCCGUGCCGAAUAUAACAGUUUGAAGCACGAUGAUAUUGCAAUAUUGGAUUGAUGUUCUCA